GUGCCUGUCUCAGCGCUGGCAGCGGGGUGGCAAUGCCUCGAACUCCUGCACCGUGCUGUCCCUGCUGGGGGCGCCCUGCGCCUUCAUGGGCUCGCUGGCGCCAGGACACGCAGCCGAGUUUGUGACCCCUGGUUUCCUACCCGGCCUGCUCUGACACCCCCCUGAUGGGCCCUGUCAGGCCUUUUCCCAGUGGCUGGGCUGUCCGGCUCCUCGGCUGUACUGCCCUCACUCGGGGUCUGCAUUCCCAGCUGGCAAGGGGCACCGGGAUCGGGUGCAGGGGAUCUUCUGCAGCGUUGGCAGGGGGGUUAGCAUGGGUUGGUGCUUUUCUAAAAUCCACAUCUGCUUGCUUCGUCCUGGCCGAUCUGCGGCGCUACGCAGUGGAGCUCACCCAUGUGGUCUCGCACCCCGAGAGCUCCUUCCCCACCUCCAUCGUCAUCAGCAGCGUGAGCAGGGGCACCCGCACCAUCCUGCACACAAACAGUUUCAUCAUGGCGGACUUCCGGCGCAGGGGCGUGGACGUAGCGCAUGUGGCGUGGCAGAGCCGGGGGGACACGCCGUGCGCCUGCUGCCUUGUGAACAGCACCAGCGGCUCGCGGACGGUCACGCUCUACGACACAAACCUGCCAGAUGUGACAGCCCAGGAUUUCGAGCAGGUCGACCUCACCCAGUACAAGUGGAUCCAUUGGGAGGGCAGGAAUGCUGCGGAGCAGGUGAAAAUGAUCCAGCGUGUGGAGGCGCAUAACCAGGCCUGCCCAGCCCACCAGAGAGUCUCUACGUCGGUGGAGGUGGAGAAGUCCCGGGAGGAGCUGUACCAGCUCUUCGGCUACGGAGACGUGGUAUUUGUCAGCAAGGACGUGGCGAAGGACUUCGGUUUCCAGUCGGCUGCGGAGGCCGUGAGGGGGCUUCGCACCCGCGUGAGACCAGGGGCCACUGUCAUCUGCGCCUGGGCCGAGGCAGGGGCUGACGCGCUGGGGCCGGACGGGGAGCUCGUCCACUCGGACGCCUUCCCCCCAGAGACCAUCUUGGACACGCUGGGCGCUGGAGACACCUUCAACGCCGCCGUCAUCUUGGCCCUGUCGAGAGGGCAGAGGCUGCAGGAGGCGCUGACCUUCGGCUGCCAGGUGGCUGGCAGGAAGUGCGGGGUCCACGGGUACGACAAUAUCGUGUGAGCUGGAGGAGACGGCCCCCUUGGCACGAGGAGGCUGCGGCUGGGGCUGCUGAGCUGGGAUUUCCUGGGGCGGGAGGGCUGAGCUGUUGGCGCUGCCCGCCGGGUGCCACGCUGCCCUGGCACUGUACCAAGCCCUGUGGGUCCCCCCCCUGUCCAGUGGAGUCAAUAAACACUUGGGAACAGCU